UAAAGUAUAUUGAAUAGGUCAUCUACCUCGUCUUCGUCGGCUUCUUCAUCUUUCGCAGUACCCCGAUUCUCUCGCUUGGGUUUACGAUCAACCAAACGCAGCUAUGGCUUUGCAGUCUGGUAUAGGCUUUUCCAAGAUCCUCGUCAUAGCCGGAACAGGGUAUACUGCUACGGUUUUGCUCAAUAACCAUAAACUAUCGGAUCUUCUUGGCGAGCUUCAGUCUUUGGUGAAGGGAUUGGAGAAAUCGAAAGAUCAAUCAGAAGGAGGAUCUGAUUACAGUGAUCCCAUUUUAGCUCAGGUGCGUAAAUUGGCUGCUGAGGUUCAACAACUUGGUUCAAAUCGACAUAUUACUAUUCUGAAUGGGAAUGAUGGCCAUGGUAACUUAAAGUCACUUGUAGUUCCCGCUGCUGCAUUGGGAGCAAUUGGGUAUGGUUACAUGUGGUGGAAGGGUUGUUCAUUGUGGGAUUUUAUGUACGUGACAAAAAGUAAUAUGGCGAAGGCGGUUUCAAAUUUGACAAAACAUCUGGAGAACUUAUCAGAUUAUGUUGCACAAACAAAGAAGCAUUUGACGCAGAGGAUUCAAAACGUGGAUGAUAAAAUGGUGGAGCAGAACAAGCUAUCUAGGGAAAUAAAGGAUGAUGUCACUGUUCUGAAUGAAUCUGUUGAUGGUAUUGCCUAUGACUUGAGUGGAUUGCAGAACAUGGUUGCUGCCUUGAACGGGAAGUUAUGUGUAAUGGAGGGCAAACAGGAUUUUGCAAAUGCUAGUUUAUACUACCUGUGCAACUUUAUUGAUGGGAAGAAGGUCAAAAUGCCCGAAGCACUGCAGGAUCAACUUAAAACUUCUCCCCCAUCACGUGGUUCACUCACAUUUUCAGAGGCUCCAAGCCUUAUGGGUCUGAAAGACAUUACAGAUACUUUAGGUUUGAACUAUUCUGAAGAUGGUACUGACAGGUUGGAGAAAUCGUCCAAAAACCUAAUAAGGUCGGUAUCAACUAGGUGUUGAAAACAUUCUGAACAGAAGAUGCUUUCCAUCUCUUGGAUUAUUUUUCUUGCAUAUAUGAUUAUUGUUUUUUUUUUUCUUUCUUUUUUGAAUCUGUGAGUUGAUGCAGCUGAAUAUCAUCAACCAUAAUCUCAUGAAGCAUGAAUGUACACCUUUAAAAAUAAACACACAAAAGAUUAUACAUAGGUGUCUCGAUUGUGAAUCGAUUUCUGAAUUAUGUAAUGAUAUUUUGAAUGUUCACUUGCAUUAGUAGGAAACAACGAAACAUAAUAGUUGCAGCGUUGCAUUUCCUCA